CUGUGUUUACGUAUAAACAUAUGUUGAAUAAUAAAAUAUGCAUCCAAGAGAUUUUGCUAAUUCUUUUGUUAUUUAUGAAAAUAGCCCUAGUUGACUUAAGUAAUUCAUCGAGAGGCUAUGCAGCGUAUUAUAACAGAGAAGCCUUAAGAAAAAUUUAAAUAUAUGUCUAAAAUAUACUCAAAUUACAUAAAUCAAAUACAUCGAUACGACGCAUACGAUUUCCAAUGCUGCCAAAUCGAGCGUUAUACGACAUAAAAAACAGAGAUAAUUUCGAGGGUGUUUUCACUGAAAACGCGGUGUGCAAAUAAUGGAAAACAAAAAAGCGAAAAGAUCGUAUAAGGCACGUUACACAUGGAAAGCAUACGCUGAUGAGGCUCUUCUCGAUCUGUGGGCUAAAAAUAUUGAAGAAUUACGUGGUCCGCGGAGAAGCGGCCACGCAUACUUAAAAAUGGCCAAAGAAUUAGGCCGGCUGGGCAUCCACGUUUUCGCGGAGGAGGUGAAAACUAAAAUCCACAACCUUACGAGCAAGUAUAGAAAGGAAACAGCAAAUGUUGAAUCCUCUGGCGGUCAACCAUCUGAAUGGAUAUACUAUGCAAAAGUACACCAAAUAAUGGGGGGUCAACCGAUACCUUGCAUACAAACAGAAGAAUGCUUAACAGAAGACCCGCUUGAGAAUACUAUAAAGUUAGAAGAGCCGGAAUUAGAAAUAUUUCCAAGUUGUUCAAACAGUAGCGGAAGUGAAAGUGAUUUCGCGCCACGAAGUCCAAGCGCCUCUGUGCCACAAAGUCAAAAUUCCCCUGCGUCACCAAUUUGUUCCGAAGUAACAGAAACAGAAGAUUAUAGAAAGCAAAUUUUAAACGAAUUUAAAAAAUGUAACGAACAAAUACACUACGAAAUAACAAGAAAUGAAGACUUUGGAAAAAAAAUGUUAAAACUGGAGGAGGAGAAAAUUAUGUUACUAAGAGAAUAUCUAAAUAAUGUAAAAGAUAUCAAAACAAUGUUUGAAAACUAUUUAAAUAAAAAUUAAUAGUAAGUACUAAUAUUGCUUUACUACGUUACCUAUAUAGAAAAUGAUACCAUGCCUGAAAUUCUCCGCAAGCGCCUUACUAAUAUUUCGAAAUAAGACUUGGCUUCUCAUAUUGCGAAUUUAAUUUUGAGUUCAAAUUAUGUAAAACGCUCGCGUAGAAACCCUUUUAUGUUUAUACCACGGAAUCGCACGCUUUCGCUGGACGAGCGCUUUGUUUUUUAUCCGCUCAGCUUGAUACUGCUCGGAAUGUACUGCCGCUGUUUUUCAGGUCCUUUGAAGACAUCUUUAAUGCGUUUAAGAGAAAAUUUUCUUCAUUCUUGGACAUCUGGAUUUGUUUGAUAAGGCCGUUCGACUAUUACAGUGGUUAAUGAUAGAGCAAGGUAAUCAUUUAAAUAGUCUUUAGUUGUUCCUAUACAGCUUAUGACUGUUAUUUUCGAACCUCUGGUUGUUUGCUUACCCACUCUUUUUCGGAUGCCCGC